GUUUUCAAACGAAACCAACGAAACACGCGUGAUUUGGAGCGCUGUGCUAACUAACGUGUUUCCUGUUCAACGAUAUUUUUGAUUCAUCGAUAGUUGACUUUUCCAGCCAAAUAUGUACGAAAUGUGCGAAGUCAUCGGCUGCGGCAGUGCACGCCGUCUCCAAUGGUCCGAACUCCCCAUCGAUCCGCAGCCAGAAUCGGAGAAAAUCGCCUUUUUUGAUUUUCCCUCGGACGAGCCUUUCCGUUCCGGCUGGAUCCGGUUCACGGGCCGUACCGUGCUUCUGUAUCCGCACCGUCCGCUCAUGUGCAGCGUGCACUUUCGGAAGCGCUGCUUCCUGGUUCAGGACACCAACGAGGGCCGACCGGUGCUGCUGCAUGGUUCCAUGCCAACGCUGUGGCCACCGCUGGCGGAGGUUCAAAUCUUCAUUGCCGGGUGCGAGUGUCCCGCUGUGCCGGCGGUUUGCUCGCCUUCGAUGUUUUUGCCCGCUCGGGACAAGUUUGAAGAUCCGCGCAAGAUGCUGGACAUGGUGCUGAGCUUCAGCCGACCGGCCGUGCCACCACUGGCCUACGUUCCGGCCAAGGUCCCGUUUGAGUCGCCGCGGAAGACAAUUGAAGCUAUUGAGAACUUGGUUUUUUGAAUUCUGAUAUUGUGAAGCUUUGAAUAAAGUCAGUUUGUUACAGCAA